AUGAGAGUUGUUUCUGCGGCUCUCGCGUGCACAGCAUUGGCGCAGCUCUGCGCGGCAUCGACUUGCGGCGCGAAGGGUGCCGACAGCACUCCAUGGACAGCGGGUAGCCAGCGCAUCUUCGGGGGGCAGGCGGCCACGCGUUGCGAGUGGCCGUGGCAGGUGUCGCUCCAGACCUCGGGCGGACACUUUUGCGGAGGAACGCUCAUCGCCCCGAAUUGGGUCUUGACGGCCGCCCACUGCUUCCCUCGUUCCUCGUUCUGGGUCGUCGCGGGCCUUCACAGCCAGUCCCAAUCGGAUACUGUAGGGGUGCGGCUGGAGGUGCAGCAAGUGCACACUCAUCCAAACUAUGUCAAUUGGGAUCAGGGCUACGACUAUGUCCUCUUGGAGUUGGCAAGUGCGGCUCCGUUGAACGACUGUAUCGGCCUCGCGUGCUUGCCAGCGGAGGACAUCGGUGCGGGUGAAGAGUGCUUCACCACUGGGUGGGGGAAGGUGAAUGGAGGGAGUGUCCCUGACUUGUUGCAGGAGGGUGGGGUGACCACUUGGACAAAUGCAGAUUGCCAGGCUCAAUGGGGCAUGUCAGGGAUGACGAUCACCGAUGACAUGCUGUGCGCUCAGGGCUCCAACGGCGGGUUGGUAACCGAUAUAUGUCAGGGUGACAGUGGAGGACCCAUUGUCUGCGCUUCAGGCGGCAGCUACUUCCUUCACGGUGUCGUUUCAUGGGGACCUGUAUCAUGUGGCAUUCAGAAUUUCCCUGGAGUUUGGAGCCGGGUCACUUAUGCACGGGAUUGGAUGACCGGGUUGAUUGGGGAUUGGACGGCGCCCCCGACGCCAUCACCCGCACCUCCAGCUACAACGACAGCGGCGCCGACCGCUCUCCCAACAGCAGCACCGACAGCUGCGCCGACUACGGCACCAACGAACACGCCGACCGCAUCCCCAACAGCAGCACCGACAGCUGCGCCCACUGCAGCACCAACGGCAGCGCCGACCGCUUCCCCAACAGCAGCACCGACAGCCGUGCCGACUGCGACGCCAACGGCAACGCCAACAGCAGCACCGACAAUUUCACCGACUGCAGUACCGACGGAGGCACCGACUGCGUCCCCCACAGCAGUCCCGACAGCUGGGUCCACAGCAUCACCGACCGUUUCCCCAACAGCAGCACCGACCGAGGCGCCGACAGCUGCGCCUGAUGUGCCGACUGCAGUGCCCACUGAAGCACCGACCGCUCCCCCAACAGCAGCACCGACAGCCGCGCCCACUGCAGCACCAACGGCAGCGCCGACCGCUUCCCCAACAGCAGCACCGACAGCCGCGCCGACUGCGACGCCAACGGCAACGCCGACCGCUUCUCCAACUGCAGCGCCGCCGACUGCAGCACCAACGAGAGCACCGACCGCUUCCCCAACAGUUGCACCGACAGCCGCGCCCACAGCCGGGCCGACCGCUUCCCCAACAGCAACACCGACAGGAGCACCGACGACAGCACCAACAGCCGCGCCAACUCUUGCGCCGACAACUUCGCCAACAGCAGCACCGACAGCAUCACCGACAGCCGCGCCGACUCCCGCGCCGACUGCUUCGCCGACUGCAGCACCGACGCCCAGUUCUGCGCACAUGUGGGCGGCCAUUUCCGGCGCGUGUACGCUAGACGGUGCAUGUGUGCAGAGCGCGAACUAUCCGCAGCCUUACGGCAACAACCAGAAGUGCACGAUUGAGAUCGACGCGUCCAACGCAGGACCGAUCGUCGUGGAGGCUUUCAAUGUAGAGUCGUAUUUCGACUACAUUUUGAUCGACGGAUGGAAAGCAUAUACUGGAACUUUGGGUCCGUCUGGGUUCACCCCGUGGUACAGUAUCAUGUGGUCGUCAGACUUUAGUGUUACGCGGAGCGGGUGGAAAUUCUGCAUGCCAGUGUCAAUACCUGCACCCCUUCCGACAACAGCACCAACGCCAUCGCCGACCGCUUCACCAACCGUUGCACCGACAGUUGCGCCGACUCUUGCGCCGACUCAUUCGCCGACCGCUGCACCGACGCCCGGUUCUGGGAGCAUGUGGGGUGCCAUUUCAGGCCCGUGCGUGCAAGACGGCGCAUGCGUGCAGAGCCCGAACUACCCGCAGUAUUACGGCAACAGCCAGCAGUGCACGAUUGAGAUCAACGCGGCGAACGCAGCACCCAUCGCCGUAGACGGACUUUGA